CUUCCAGGUGUGCGCACAUUGCAGUCUGUAUGUUCAAAGGCUGGAUCUAACAACCGUUCGUUUUUGGCGUUUUAGAAAUGAAUAGUUUAAACAAACCACAGGAAUAUGAUUCCUAUGAAAUAGAGGAACCAAGUGACGAGGAGAGGGCCGAGGACAGCUCGGAGGAUGAGUUGGAGGUGCUUCUGAACGGGACACCGGACCAAAAGAGGAAACUGAUCAGAGAAUACCUAACGGGAGAAAGCGAGUCUUCCAGCGGGGAUGAGUUUGAAAAGGAGAUGGAGGCCGAGCUCAGCUCCACUAUCAAGUCCAUGGAAGGCACCUGGGCACCUGCAGCAUCAGCAGACAGUUCUGUGACCAACGACAAUACUACCACUCCAGUGUUGCCUGCGGUGUACGACCAGAUCUACUUCGAUUCAGAUUCUGAGGAUGAGGAUGCUCCAAGCAGUUCCACAGGUCGGAGGCGGAAACAGCGAACCAUCCCCACCAAUGACGAGCUACUAUAUGACCCAGAUGAGGAUGACCGAGACCAGGCUUGGGUGGAUGCCAAAAGGAGGGGGUAUGGCAGUGACAGAAGACGGCAGCGAGCGACUGGCCCCAGAGGUCAGAAGUCCAGUGUUCUCCCCAGCAGUGAUGCUGUCCUUAACUGCCCUGCUUGCAUGACCACUCUCUGUCUGGACUGUCAGAGACACGAUAAAUACAGAACUCAGUACAGGGCCAUGUUUGUCAUGAACUGCUCUGUGAACAAAGAGGAGGUGCUGAAGUACAAAACACAAAAUGAGGGGAAGCGGAAGAACAGGAAGAGGAGGAGAGGACAACAGGAAGAAGCAGCACCUCUACCAACAACAACAACAACAGAAGCCCCAUUGGGCCCAGGCCCCAGAGGGAUGGAUGGAGAGGAGGCCUACCACCCGGUCCAGUGUACAGAGUGUUCUACAGAAGUGGCCGUGUUUGAUAAAGAUGAGGUGUACCACUUCUUCAACAUCCUGGCCAGCCACUGCUAAAGGGGACUCUGUGUUCUAAUGAGACUUUGUUGCCUUGCCUCGUAGGAUCUUAUCAACCCUGUCUGCCUAAACAUUGAAAAGUAUUGCCCUGAGACCUUAGAUAAAUCCCUCCUUGGUCUGUGGUAUAUGUUUGGGCUCACAUUCUGAAGUUAUGUCGGCUGGAAUGGCAUUGGUUACAACGUUGAUGGUAGACAGGACUGUACAGAUAACAUGUAUACAUUUGGUGGAGUGUGGGCAGGACUGGGUUUUCCUUUUUGAUUUUAUAUAACAUUUUCUGAGUUUGAUUUAGUUUGGCCUAAGUGCCUUUUUUGGACAUACUGUUUUAAUAACUACAUUUUCUGAAGUGUAUUUGCCUGAAAUAUCAGGACAUUUUUGUACAUAUUAACAUUUCAGAUUUUGUAAUUACAAUAAUUACCAGUGAAUUGGUUUCUGCAAACAAGUGUCAUUGUUUGAUUGGGUUUGGAUGAAAAUUAUUAAACCUUAAUUUGAACAUUGUAGUUGUAGAAUCAGGAGAAAUCAAUUUGGUGUAAGGUAGACUUUACAAGUUUUAUAAUUUAUCUAAAAGUAGUCUCAUGCAAAGAAGGCCUUUAUUUUGAUAAACCGUCCAAACGGGAAGUACGUCUCUAGGCAGGAACCGAAUGCACCCUUUUGAGCUGCACGUCGUGAUUGGUUUUGAUAAAAACCUUGUGAUGUAACGUCAUUGUCGCCACCAGGAAAUGGUCUACAGUUUUGAAAGGCGAAAGAAACAUUUUUAAGUUGAAAACAUGACGUUGGGGGACGUCUGGAAGCAACUAUCUUGGUUCUACUAUCAGUAUAUUCUCGUCACGGCUCUAUAUAUGUUGGAGCCAUGGGAGAGGACGAUCUUCAAUUCGCUGCUGAUCUCCGUUGCAGGCAUGGCUGUCUACACUGGCUAUGUGUUCAUGCCCCAGCACAUCAUGGCUAUCCUGCACUACUUUAAAAUGAUCCAAUGACAGAUGUCCACUCAGUGCCCUGAUCUAGAGCUUACCAGCCCAUGGCUGGCUGGCUGUCCAACUCUUUUCAUACAUCUGUGGUGUAAAGGACAGGUGGACCAACACAUUCCCUUGGAUUUUAUCUGUCGUCACCAUGGAAACAUGAACAGUGUUCUAAAACAAGUGGAAGAGAGGGGUUUCUAUUGGAGAGAUGGAACAUCUGAUCUUAUUGGACAUUAAAACCAUUAUUGUCUUAAUGCAUGGUAAACAAUGUGACAGGUUGGUUACUAUUUGCACAUCUUGUGAAAUGUAUAUUUUGUUUUAUUUUAUAAAUAGCACUAUAUCUGUAAGGUUUUGUAGUAGAUAUAUUCAGUUACAACAACUACUCAAUUAGUUUUACGACCAAGCGAUCAUCUCAGACUGGAUGACUGUGACUGGAGCACCUCUAAAAUGAGCUAUAUAUAAGAUAUAAUUUAUCCUUGAAUACACUAUAAUGUCAGCUAUUGAUUGACCAAAAAUAUGCAACAUAAUCUUUUGAAAUGAUUGUCUCCAACAUUUUUCUUUUCUUUUGAUGGUGUUUAAUGGGAUGAAUGUUUGAUUAAACAAUUUUCUUGUGA